CUCUGAUUGAGACUGUAGGGGGCACUCUCUGAUUGAGUGUUUCAGAGACUCUUUGUGUUGGUACUCUGCGUUUGUGUCACACUGCUGUUUUCUUACCUGAUCUGUGAAGUGGAAUAGGAAGAUAAAGUUGGGAAUGUCCCUUUAUGAACACACGAGGGAAUAGGAAGAUAAAGUUGGGAAUGUCCCUUUAUGAACACACGGGGGAAUAGGAAGAUAAAGUUGGGAAUGUCCCUUUAUGAACACACGGGGGAAUAGGAAGAUAAAGUUGGGAAUGUCCCUUUAUGAACACACGAGGGAAUAGGAAGAUAAAGUUGGGAAUGUCCCUUUAUGAACACACGGGGGAAUAGGAAGAUAAAGUUGGGAAUGUCCCUUUAUGAACACACGGGGGAAUAGGAAGAUAAAGUUGGGAAUGUCCCUUUAUGAACACACGGGGGAAUAGGAAGAUAAAGUUGGGAAUGUCCCUUUAUGAACACACGAGGGAAUAGGAAGAUAAAGUUGGGAAUGUCCCUUUAUGAACACACAGGGGUAUAGGAAAAUAAAGUUGGGAAUGUCCCUUUAUGAACACACAGGGGUAUAGGAAGAUAAAGUUGGGAAUGUCCCUUUAUGAACACACAGGGGAAUAGGAAGAUAAAGUUGGGAAUGUUCCUUUAUUAACACACAGGGGUAUAGGAAGAUAAAGUUGGGAAUGUCCCUUUAUUAACACACGGGGGAAUAGGAAGAUACAGUUGGGAAUGUCCCUUUAUGAACACACAGGGGGAACUAUGGUCAGUAUUGUUAUUGUCAUUGUGUGCGCUUUUGGUAUAAAGUUUUACAUGUCUAUGCUAACUAUAUAUCUCUUCGUUUUUUAGGGUAGUAUCUGGCUGAUCCUAGAUCUGUGUUCGAUCAUCCCUUAAACAUGCUGAACUAAACAUCCCCUCUAGUCAAUGUCCAAAUCCAGCUGUUAGAGAGAGAGAAAUAAAGGAAGAGAGAGAGAGAGAGAUAAAGGAAGAGAGAGAGAGAGAGAUUUAAAGGAAGAGAGAGAGAGAGAUAAAGGAAGAGAGAGAGAGAGAGAGAUUUAAAGGAAGAGAGGGAGGAAGAGAGAGCAGGAAAUGUUGAGAUUUCCUUUGUAAUCACACGGUGUGAUGCUGGAGCUGGGAGGGUAGCCAUUCCUACGAGUGUGUGUGUGUUCCCUGCUCGCUAGCGGUCUGUGUGUGUGUUCCCUGCUCGCUGGAGGUCUGUGCGUGACAGUGAGAAGGAGAUAUCUUGAGACACCGGGUAGGAAAGGCAGUGGAAGACUCUUUAGCUUUAAACUGAAGCUCAACAUUUGGACUUGGUGCCUAAGUACCACACGCACACCUUCAUAUACACAUUACGGAGAAGGUGUGUGUGUGUGUGAGAGAGAUGUCAAGACAUUCUCCUCACCUGUGAGAGCAGUAACAGCUUCGUUACCCCGAGGGGGGGGGGGGGGUUGCGAUUGUCACUGGGGAUAUUUGCUUGGGUCAUCACCGUCGCCGGGUGCGUUGCCAGGUGUGUUGCCACGGCGGCACCAUGUUGAGGUGUGUUAUCCAACGGGCCAGCAACCUGCGGGAGAAGGAUGGUCGCCUUAGUGAUCCUCUGUGUGGAGUCAUCUUCAGAGGAUCAAAAAAGAAGACAAAAGUAAUCAAGAAUAACAUAAACCCUGUUUGGAAUGAGGGUUUUGAGUGGGACCUGAAGGGAAUACCUCUGGAUUCAGGAGCUGAGCUUCAUUUGGUGGUCAAGGAUCAUGAGAAGAUGGGGAGGAACAGGUUCCUGGGGGAGAGUAGAGUGGCUCUCAGGGAUAUCCUCAACUCCCCUAACCUGGCUGCUAGCUUCACUGUGUCCCUACUGGAUACCAAGAGGAACAAUACUGGAGCCACACUGAGCCUGCAGGUUUCCUACAUCCCUCCCCCAGGAAUGACUCCUUUCUUCCAGCCUCCUCCUCAGCCAGAGGCCAGGGAGAAACCCGUGGAGCUGGACACUGUCACAGUCUUCUCGUUGGACACCAUGGGUGAGGAGGACACAGAGAGCAUGUUGAUGAUGGAGCAGACAGAUGACCCAGACACCGGGAGUCACCAGGGGCCCCAUCAGGGGGGCCAGGGCGGCCAAGAGACCCCCACAGCCCAGACCCCUAAACGGGCCCCCCCUAACUACACCCCUGGAGUGAAGAGGAAGAAGAGGCAGCAGGGUAACAAGGCACCGCUCCCAAACAAACCACAGGACCUGCAGGUGCGCGUUCGAGUCAUCGAAGGCCGACAGUUGCCGGGCAUCAACAUCAAACCGGUCGUCAAGGUUACCGUUGGUGGGCAGUCCAAGAGGACUCGCAUCAGGAAAGGAAACAACCCAGUGUUUGAUGAGACUUUCUUUCUGAACUUCUUCGAGACUCCGUCAGACCUCUUCGAUGAGCCCAUCUUCAUUACUGUUUUUAACUCUAUGUCGUUGCGAACUGACUCGGUGAUCGGAGAAUUCAAGCUCGAUGUUGGCACGGUCUACAACGAGAGCAGACACGCCUUCUUGAGGAAGUGGCUCCUCCUCUCUGACCCUGACGACCUCUCGGCCGGGGCCAAAGGUUACCUGAAGGUCAGCCUCUUCGUAUUGGCUGCAGGCGACGAAGCUCCAGUGGAUAAGAAGGAGGGAGUGGUGGAUAAGGAGGAUAUAGAGGGGAACCUGUUGCGUCCUGCUGGACUCACACUCAGAGGAGCUAUCUUCACACUCAAAAUAUUCAGAGCUGAGGACCUGCCUCAGAUGGACGAUGCCUUUAUGGAUGGGAUGAGACAGGUCCUGGGAUUCGACAGCAACAGGAAGAACUUGGUCGACCCCUUAGUUGAAGUCAACUUCGCUGGGAAAACGAUGUGCAGUAAGAUCAUGGAGAAGAAUGCCAACCCUCAGUGGAAUCAAAGCCUGGCCAUGCCCAUACGGUUCCCCUCCAUGUGUGAGAAGAUGAGGGUUCGUGUCCUGGACUGGGACCGAGCCAGCCACAAUGAUGUCAUUGGGACCGCCCAUCUCUGCAUGUCUAAGAUCUCUGCCCCGGGAGGAGCGAUAGAGGAUGAAUUGAUCCCAAGGAACCUCCAAAGUUUCAUGGAUGACAGUCUGGGUUUCCUGCCGACCUUUGGCCCCUGCUACGUCAACCUGUACGGAAGCCUCAGGGAGUUCACCGCCUUCAACGACCCCCACGAGGCUCUCAACUUGGGCAAGGGUGAGGGAGUAGCGUAUCGUGGUCGUGUUCUGAUGGAGCUCAGUACCAAGCUGGUGGACACGGUGCAGGCGAGUGUAGAAGACAUACCCAACGAUGACCUAUUGGUGGUACAGAAAUUCAUGCGUAAGAGAAAGUAUUCUCUCUUCGCGUCGUUCUACUCCGCCACGCUCCUCCAGGACGUUGACGACGCGAUACAGUUUGAGGUCAGCAUCGGUAACUACGGCAACAAGUUUGACUAUACCUGUCUUCCUCUGGCCUCAACCACGCAGUUCAGCAGAGCUGUGUUCGACGGUUGCCACUACUACUACCUGCCGUGGGGGAACGUGAAACCAGUGGUCGUCCUGUCUUCAGAGUGGGAGGAUGUCAGACCACGAAUAGAAGCACUCAACAUGAUACUGGCUAUGGUCGACCGACUGGAAUCUAACCUAAAGGAAGUCCAGUUGGAGCUGAAGUCAGGAAGUGACCUGGAGGAGGUUGAGCUAAAAGUGGUCAACCUAUUGGAUCAGGUCAUCGCUGAUUGCAGGGUGGAGCUCCCAUCGUUAGACGACUGGUCUUGUGGAACUCAGUUAGACCGUGCUCUCAGACACCUGAGACGGAAUAACCUACAGCAGAUAGAGGAGGCUGCCACAGCUCUGAAACAUGGACCAGCUACUGACCUGUCUACAGUACUGGACCAAGCUGAGGACUGGGCACUCAGACUACACACCAUGGCUGAGGAGGGUGGAUAG